AUGGCUUCUACACUUCCCCAAGUCGUCCUCUUCGGAGACUCCCUAUUCCAGCACGCCAUCCAGCUCCUAGAUGGCUACUCUUUCCAGGCCGCUCUACAGUCUGAAUUCAUUCGACGCCUGGACGUUGUCAACCGAGGCUUCUCUGGCUUCAACACUGACCAUGCUCUGAAGCACCUCCCGGACAUCUUCCCCGAGCGCACGGCCUCAUCGCCCAAGCUGGACUAUCUCGUUAUCCUGUUUGGUGCCAAUGAUGCCGUCAUGGAGACCUCUGUCACUAACCAGCACGUCCCCCUGGAGCGCUACAAGGAGAACCUCACCAAGAUCAUCAACCACCCACGCAUCACCGCCCACAAGCCCCAGAUCAUCCUGGUGACGCCUCCUCCGUUGGAUGAGAUCAAGUCGACUCCUCGAUCUCUUGGAAACGGCCACAAGGCGGCUCUCCGCCACUUUGCCGUCAGCGCCUCCUAUUCCGAGGUGGUCCGCCAAGUCGCAAAGGAGAACCCAGGGGUUGCCCUAGUCGAUCUGUGGCAGGUGUUCAUGGACAAGGCCGCUGAGAUGGCAUCGCCCGGAGACUACACACCCGGCGGUCCCCUGCUGGGCUCGCCCGAGAACGGCAAGCAGGGUGGCCUGGAUGUUCUCCUCCCCGACGGGCUUCACAUGGGCGGUCAGGGUUACCAGAUCUUUUACGACGCUCUGCUGCCUCACAUUGGCAAGGAGUGGAAGGGACUCGGGGAGGAGGAUCGGACAGGAUGGGUGAUUCCUGACUGGCGCGACCUGUGCGGACUCUAG